AUGGCCUCGACCCAGCCCUCGCUGCCGCAGCAGGCUUCAACAACCCCCUCUUCUACAGGAAGCGGCCGCAUGCCCCCGGAUCUCGUCCCGCCCCAGCAUUCACCCGCCGAGCCUCCGCUCGCCUGCCGCCAAUGUCGGGCCCGGAAGCGUCUCGACCUACCCUGCUCGUACGCCGGCGGUGCUAGCGCUGAACUCGAGGACCUUGAUGAGGACCUGCCCCAGGAAGAGCUCACCCAGGCCGGUACCAAGCGCCGUCGUAUACGCCGCGCGUGCGUCCCCUGUCGCUCGCACAAGGCCAAGUGCUCCGGCGCCCAGCCUUGCUCUCGCUGUGCCUCCAACAACCUGCAGUGCAUCUAUGGCGACGCCGAGCAGGGCCGUAGCCUGCCCAUCGGACACGGGACCACGUUGUCGUCGGGAUCAUCGUCGGCCGUCACCAGACAUCCAGCCGGACUUGUGACGAGUCCUAGUGCCGUCACCGAUGGACGCUCCGUGCCGACGCCCGGAAGCCGUGGCAGCUUCACGAGCGAGGCGGUGCGCUAUGAGGCCCUGCUCGACCGGCCGAGAGUCUUCGACCUCGACAGAAAGGACGUCAUUCGUCAGUGCCUGGAUGCCUACUUUGAAAAGACGGACCUCGUCGACUGCCCGUUCCUGCACAAGGCCUCGCUGAUGGCUGACUGGAACCAAGGCAAGCUCGACAACGAGCUGCUCAAGGCCGUCUGCGCUGCGGGUCUACGGCUCAUAGGACCGGCGCAGGAGGAUGACGACUCGGUGCCCCAUGCCUGGAUGCGGGAGGUGCGCAAGGGCAUGCUGACGAACCUGGGGACGACGACCGUCGCUGAGCUGCAGACCAUGGUGCUGUACAUCAAGUUUGGCUUCACGUCGCAGUUCACCGAGGAUGUCUGGACGUUGCUGUCCGUCGCGGCGCGCAUGGCCUUCACGAAGCGGCUCAACUAUGAGCGACCGUCUGUCGAGCCUGUGCGGCGAGAGUGUCUGCGACGUCUGAUGUGGGGGAUCUAUUUUCUCGACAAGAUCUUCUCGAGUGGCAUCGAAGACUUGGCCGUGUGCCCGACACACCGACUGCACAUUAGGCUGCCGAGCAACGACUACUACUUCCAGCGAGGGCUUGCAUCAAGGUCGCAGUACCUGCACGAGAAGGGGGAUAGCUCCGGUGCCGACAUGGAUGCUAUUGCGUAUCGCAUGAGGUUGAUGGAUCUACGGGACAGGAUACUGAGAUACACGAAACGGGUUAUUCGAAGUGGCACCAGCCCUUCCAACACCAAAGACGAGCUCCUGUCCCUCGACCGCGAGCUGCAAACCUUCAGAGAGAGCCUCCCCGAAGAAUUGCAGCUCACACCAAGCCGGCUCAUGUUCAUGUGCCACUCGCGCGACUCGACAGCCUACAUCAUCCUGCACUCAACGCUCAUUCUGUGUCGGUGCGACCUGCAUCGGUUCCUCGUGCCGGGGAUGAAGGAGACGGUCUCGCCGGAGGCCAUGGCUGCCACAUCGCAGGAGUACAUUGCCUACUGCCAACAAACGUGCAUUGACAGCGCCGUCAAGCUCUGUGACAUGUGGUCGCAGGUGUACCACCUUGACGCCCACCGCCUGAUCGACAGCCCGACGCUCACCAUCACGCUGUAUCAAUGCGUCAAGGUCGUGGAGCAUGCGUACUGGCUGCUGCCGCAGCAUGGCGAGCACAGCCUUGUGAGCAUCAAAGGCAAGCUAAUGGAGGCGCUGUGCAUGGCGAGGCGCAUCCAGGAGACAUAUGCCUGGCUCCGGCCUUGCAUUGCCGACAUACAGAGACUUGUGCCGACGUUGGGCUUGCGCGGCCGCCCAUCAGUCUCACCCCCCGGCGGCCCCAACGAUCGACAGGUACACUUCCACUCAAAGUAUGUCUUCGCCCCCGAUAAGAUCGAUCCGGCCGACGACCCUGUCGAUUCGACCUCGCCCGAAUCUCGUGCUGCGGAUCCGACACCCUCAUUCGAUGCAGAGCUCCCGCCGCCUCAACAGCCGCUGCCACCGCCGCCGCCGCCCCAGCAACAGCAGCAGCAGCAGACUCCUUCGCAAACGAGUGCCAACUGGCACCCGUUGAAUACGCCCAACAUGCCACCGCCGCCCCAACAGUACGGCACGCCGUUUGCCGGCGGUUACACCCCGCAGGACGACGGCGGCAUGCACUACGGGUCAGUUCACGUCGUGCCGACGCACCAGGCCAACGCCGCGGGUUUGGCUGUGCCUUUUGAAGACCCAGACAUCAUGAUGCCGCUGGAUCCAUUCGAUCUGCAGCUGAAUGCGUAUACUGAUUACGACUUUCCUUCUGUGUUUGGUGGAUUGGAUUAA